AAAAAAAAAAAAAGAACUUUUUUAUAAAGUAACAAGCGAGAGAGUUUUACUUAUCACAUAUAUAUAUUCCUCUUUAUAGCCUUUAUAUCUCUCUACCCCAAAACAUCCAAACCAGUUAGGACGUACUCACACAAAAAGUAGUUAGCGUUACAUACCGUCUUUAAUUUCUACUUCUUCCCUCUCUUUUACAUUUAUAUCAACCAAGCACUCAAACCCACUCAAACACAAUCACACACUAUUCUUUUAUAACUGAAAGAAAAAAAUAUCAUGACAGACAACAAUAAGCCAACAGUUGUAGAUGAUUUCUUCUCGGCAUUAUUUGCCAAUGAUAAUAAUAAAUUGAAUAAUAAGGAACCAGUAUCUGAAGAACCAAAAGAACAAGAGCCUGAUCGUCCUCAAGAUCCUUACCGUCGUUUACAGACUCAGCAGGAACAACAACAACAUGAAGCAAUGCUCCAAGGGCAAGAGAUGAAACAAACUAAAAAAUACAAUUAUGCUAAAAAGCAUGAAACAGAAUUAGAUGAGUUUGAUGAGUAUUCUUUGCUUAGUAGUAAACGUAAACUUGAUGACGCUACUACUUAUAGUGGUCGUCAAGCGCCAUCUAAAAAAAGAGUCGCUGCGCCUGAUGCCAACAGCAUAUUAUCAAAGAAAAAUGUUGAUUGGAGCGAUGUCUCUCCUGAGUCCCGUAUGCUGAUACGCCAAUUACCCGCUCGUGUUGAUAAAGAAGAUGUGAUGGACUAUUUUAGUGCUUAUGGUGAAGUUCUUGAAGUUGUCUUUAAAAAUACGUUUGGCUUUGUUCAAUUUGAUAGUCCCUUUGCUUGUGCAAACGCUGUUCAAAGUGAGAAUGGUAAAAAGUUUAAAGGAAUUACGUUAGAAUUGGAAAUAUGUCGUACCAAGCCCUACUUUGCCCGUGAGGAUGACAGGCAUCGCCAAAAAUUAGCAAGACCUGGCCCUAAAAUUCACCGAAGAAAUGACGAUCACUCCUAUAACAGACGCCCAGAAAAUCGUCAUCAAGCAUCACAACAACAACAAAAGUAUGUAGAUAAUACCGAAUAUGACCCUCGUCAUCCUGAAAUUAGCUUGAAUACCCAGAUUCCAGUGGUUAAGAUCAUUGCUUGGAAUAACGUUUCUCAACAGUUCAUUUCAAACGUUGAAGAUGAAUUUAGAAAGAAAAAUAUCUCUGUGGCUACGGUUAUUUUACAAUUCCCAAAUACCAGAGAAUCUCUUGUAAAACAGAUGGCGAUGGAAGGUGUAAAGGCUGUAGUUACUAUUAACCGUGAUCUUGAGAGUCAGCGAAAAGUUUCUCUUCAGGUAUUUACUCCCAAUACGACCGGCAGAGGCAUUAGAUUUGAUGAAUAUGACAGUAUAUUGGGUGAGCAAGCUGCUGAAAUUGUGUUACGUUCCUUGUCUCCCUCUGAGUCUACAUACCACAGUUCUGCCCUACCUUCUGUUCCUGUACAGAAUAACUAUCCAGCUGCAACAAUGUCUAGUGCUAAUAGCAGACAAAGUAUUGCUACAAGUACUAGUAGUCCUGCCUCAGCGCCUAUUCAGUCUAUUGACUCUAAUACCCUUGCAGCUGUUUAUAGUUUACUACAGCCUAAGCCCGUCCCUGUGAGACAAUAUCAGCAACCAAACCAGGCCCAUACAACUACUACUACUACUACUAAUACUACUAGUGCUGCUGCUGCUAUUACUACUCCUCCAACACAAUAUCAAAUGCCCCAACAGCAACAGCAACAACAACAGCCUACUGUAUCCCAACUGUUAGCCACUCUAUUGAACGGUCUUAAUCAGAACAAUAGUUCUAUUAGCUCUCUCAGUUCAACAACUGCAAACCUGUCUAUUUCACCCAAGGCAAACAAUAUGACCAUGACAGCACCAUUCAAUUUGCAUCAACCUCAACUCCAAGUGCAACAACAACAACAGCCUCAACAACAGCCUCAACAACAACAACAACCAAACAUUGCCCAGCUACUGAGUACCGCUUUAAAUGGCAAUCCUAUGGUAGUACAGUUACUAUCAAGCCAACCAUCGCUUGCCAAUAACAGUAACAUGAUGAAUGAUAACCAAAUAAGAAAUAUCCUUGCCAACUAUCAAAUGAUGCAACCUUCUUCAAAUCAACCAAGAUCUUCAUCAACAAGCGCGCCUUCUCCCACUGCGCCUCCCACUAUUCCCAAUUCUAAUUCCUUUAACCUUACUACAAUGGCAAGAUAUUAA